AUGGGAUGCACAGUCAGUAAUUUAAAAUGCGUUACCAAUGUAGCAGGUUUAGCAAGUUUGGUAAUUUCGCUAUUUCCCAAAUUAAUUAUUAAGAAUCCUCAAGUUCUUCGACCAUUAUUAAAUGUAAGUUGGGGUUACUUAUUUGGAUCUACCUUUUGGUUGUGUUUUUUUUCUGAAGUAGGUUUAUUAAGAAGUUUAAAGAAUAUGAAAGGUGUGCCUUUACCUGAAAGUGCUUCAGAAGCUAAGAAAUUAUUAGAGGAAAUGAAAAAUUCAGAAGGUGAUUUUAAUAGAAGAAGUUUAGAUUUUCAAUAUUUUUUUAGUUUAGCUACUUUAUUUUCAGGAAUAUUAUUAUUAUCAACAGUUAAGUUGGCAAAUCAUAAUUUACAAUUAAGAUUAAGUUCCUCAGUUGUUGUUAUAACAAGCUUAUUGAAUAGUUUAUAUUUACAUAAUAAAGUACAUAAUUUAAAAUCCAAAAAAGAAAGUUUAUAUAAUGACUUUAUAGCAAAUCCAAAGAAUGAAAAGACAGUUGCAGAUUUAAAAAAAAAUAAAAAAGAGUUCCACAUAUUUCAUGGAUUAUCUGUUCUCUCUUUAUAUGUAUCCUUCUUUGGUUUAACACCCUACAUAUUUACAUAA